GGCCAACCUGACCCUCCUGGACCUGGACUGGGCCCUGAUUCUGCAGGAGUACGGCCUGUUGCCUUACCUGAAGGACCGGCUCAGACCAGGUUCUGUUGAGGACAACCUGAUCCUGGAGGUGGUGGUCCUGAUGGGGACCAUGUCCAUGGAUGGUCCCUGUGCUGCCCUGAUGGUCCAGUCCGGCCUGAUCCCUGCUCUCACCCAGCUGCUCAACG